AUGCCCAACGGGACGAAUGUAGACUGGUCCAGAUAUGGGCUCGGUAGCGAUGAUUCAUCACCAACCGAACGAAACCGUGCGCACGGUCGCACUGGUGGUGGCAGCGGUGGAUUUGUUGAUCUAGGCAACGAAUACGACUAUGGUGCAGGAGGACAUCAUGCUUCGGGCCGGGAUGAAAUCUUUGCCGAAGAUCAGGGCGAUAAGCCGUGGUGGCGAAGUAACUUCUUCAUCUCGCAGCCGGUACUGUUUGGAACGUGGGACGGUGUGUUUACAUCCUGUCUGAUCAACAUCUUCGGUGUGAUCGUGUUCCUGCGUUCCGGAUGGAUCGUCGCCGAGGCGGGCAUCAUGAACGCCAUACUGAUCGUCUUCUGUGCGGUGGGCAUUGCUCUGGUGUCCGUACUGUCGGCUGUCGGUAUCUGUGAGCGAUGCCGGGUGGAAAGUGGGGGCGUUUAUUUCCUCAUCGCCCACACACUGGGCUCACGGUUCGGUGGAUCGCUCGGGCUGCUCUAUUGCUUCGGCCAGGCCGUCGGCUGUGCGCUGAAUGUGCUCGGUUUCGGUGAAUCGAUCGCGGGCCUGGUCGGGCUGGAAGGGAACCAGUGGGCGAUCCGUGGUUUUGCCAUCACAGCCGUCCUGCUGCUCGGCGUUAUUAAUGUGGCCGGCGUAAAGUGGGUCGUUAAAUUGCAGUUCGCACUGCUAAUUGUGAUUCUAAUGUCCGCGCUAGAUUUCAUGGUGGGCAGCUUUAUCGGUGAGGCGCCCGAGCAUGGUUUCGAUGGCUGGGGAUCGGGCAAUAUGGGACUGAAUCUGUGGUCUGCCUACACGGACGGUACGUCAUGGUUUACCGUGUUCGGUGUGUUCUUCCCAACGAUCACGGGUAUCCUUUCGGGCAUCAACAUGAGCGGGGAUCUACGAGCACCAUCGACAGACAUUCCCAAUGGUACGCUAGCUGCGCUUAGUACAUCGACGUUCCUUUACAUGGUCUUUAUACUGUUCCUGGGCGCUACGUGCCAACGAAGCCACCUUCUAACGGAUUAUCAAAUCGCGGUCAAAGUGUCUGCGGUCGAGUUCCUGCUGCUAGCCGGUAUUUACGUUUCAAGCAUGUCCUCCUGUCUGGGUGCUAUGUAUGGUACGCCACGUGUACUUCAAAGCAUUGCCAACGAGAACGUUAUUCCCGGCAUCGGUAAACUGGGCAAAGGACGUGGCCCCAACAAGGUACCGCUGUACGCGAUGGCUGUAGUCGCAGGAGUAACGAUUACAUUUAUCAUCAUCGGUGAUAUUAACACACUCGCACCGAUUGUCACAAUGCCGUUCCUGCUCACGUACGCCUGCAUCGACUACUCAUACUUUGCACUGGCGCAAACGUUCGACAUACAAAACAAUCGCGAAGAGCGCUUCCGGAUACAGGCGCAAAGCCCACUGUACGAAACAAGAAACUACGGUGCGACUGGAGAUUACAACGAAAAUAAUGACCUCGACCAGUUGUUCCCGGAACGAACGCGACACAAAAAUCUGGGAACCCCAACUAACUCACCACAACAUGUGCCUUCAAAUGCCGCUACGAGCGCAAGAUCGCAGCAACCAAAUGGAAUACCUCACAGUGCAUCGGUUACCAGUGCGGAUUCGGAAGUAGUUUUUCGAGACGGCACAAACAGUGCAAAUAAUGCCAAUUCCCUGAGCGAGGCCGAUGAUGAACCGAUCGCACCGAUUCGACCACCAAUUCAUUCCAAGACGAAAAAUUGGUACUCUGGCUUUUGCAAUAGAUGGGCUUCAUUGCUGGGGGCUGGUGUGAAAAUACUCGUAAUGCUGCUUGUAAGCUGGGUGUAUGCACUGAUUUGCAUCGGCACGGUGUUAAUCGUUUGGUUCUACGUCGGUACGGCAAAUCCAGCUGUGAAACCAGGGCUGGCGCAUGAAUUCCGCUUCUUUGUAUGGUUGAAAAAUGUCGUUUUCCGUUGUUUUGGGAAACGUGUGCACGAUUAUGAACAGGUCGUCGUUACCCAAACGUGCCCGAAUGUAAACCUCGCCUCCGCUCAAUUGAAUGAAGAAAAUGAAGACUUUGCCUCACGGCGACGAUAUCACCAGACUGCAGUCGUUCAGGGACGGUAUGUUGAUGAAGUGUGA